AUGGAAUGUUUUUACAGUGAUUUGUUAGAUUUACCCAGUGAAAUCUUAAUGAUUAUUUUAAUGCAACUGGAUACAAUAGAUCAUAUCAUGCUUAUUGGAUUAAACAAACGAUUAAAUUGUCUUUUAUUCGAUCUCACGAUCACGAAACAUUUACGUUUAUUCAGAUAUACAUCGGAUGGUCACAUUUGUAGAUUAAAUGACAAAUAUGUUAAUGUCUUAUGCUUACAAAUCUUACCACAAAUCGAUCGAAAUAUUGAAUCGAUAUAUCUCGAAGAAUCAUUACUACGUACAUUUUAUUCUAAAUGUACGAUAUUACGAGAACUUGUCGCGACUUGGCUUAUUCAACAUCGAUCCGUCCAAAACUUCCUAUUUAUUCCAUGUAAUGAUGCAGUUUGGAUGAGCGACAAUGCGUUAAUUCUUCUAUUUACGAAUAUCUUCCGAAUGUUUCGCAACUUACAAGAUUUAGAUUUUGGAUUCUCCUCUGUUGGUUAUCAAGAUCUCUCAUUCGAAAUGCCACAUCGAACUAUUUAUUCUCCAGGUUCGUUUAAAUUACAUGUCAAUGUCAAAGAAUUCCAUGAUUGCCUGUAUCUACUUGAUGAUUGUUUCCAUAAACUCAAGUCACUUCAUAUUCAACUAAUCAAUAUGAAACAUUUUUCAUUAACCUGCGACAAAAGCACAAAUUGUUACUACGAAUCGAUUGUUCCUCUGUUACGUCGCAUGGUGCAUUUAGAGAAAUUCCCAGGUUAUUAUGGCACGGUCGGUUCCGGCCGGUUAGGUUCCAGUCAUUUGCCGACCGUUUCCUGCAAACUUCGAGCUGGAAACGGUCAGGAACUGAUCGGAUAUUUCCUGUGCAAUUCCGGCCGGAAUCCGGCGGCAAGGAACCUGCCGGAACUUGCUGGAAUCGGCGAAGACUGUGCCGGAAUCGAGAAGAGCUGA